AUGCAAGCCGAAAAAGAUAAGUUACCGGUUAGUUCGUUGACCCGGUUACUAAACGAGUCCAACUCCAACCAAGCGUCCCCCCAGCAGUCCAAUAAUGCUUCGACGUCUUCUCUCAAAGAUGGUCUUCUUAAAACCUCCCCUUCUUCCAACAGUUCUGACGGGAUCACUUUUAACACAAAGACGCUUGAGCCCCAAGAAGUCGGCACCGAAGACAGUGAUAUUGGCCAAACGAACGAAACUGAUGCUUUCGACUCGGAGCUUGUCUCGGAGUCGCCGAAAUCAAAACUCUCGAGCCUCAACAGAGUCAUUCCAAUUAAACCUCCAAUUAAUGCCAGUCCUCGAGUGGUCCGUACGAACUCGUUGGGCCACUCGCUGUUCCUCAACUACUCGGAGAGUUUGUCGAAUUCGAUUCCUUACUCCGCUCCCGGUGGACGGGGAAACUCCACUCUUUCCCAACUGGCCAACAGUACGUCGAGUCUCAACACGUUGGGCAGUUUACUGGAGGCCCCGGGUCCUGCCAGUAUAAGUUCUGGGUCGGCCUCUGGUGGCUCCAGCCAUGUUCCCAACUUACCCAACGGUCAGCCGAUAUCGUCGAUCCAUAUUCUGAGUCCCCAAGUGUCUUCCUCCAGCAUUGACCAACGAUUCGUGGUACUGAAGCAACGGGUGGCCCAGGCCCAUGCCGCCCUGAUGGGCUCCAGCCAAAGAACAGGUUCACAAUCGGGAUUAUCGUAUUUUUUCAGUGGAAAAUCCAAGCCUAUAAAAAGACCGGGGUCUUCUACUGACUUGGGUUCUUUCUACAACAAUUCGUUCCAAGAACAACAAGGACAAAUGUUUUCAGGAUCACCUUCUUCUUUAUCAUCUAGUGACUCGUACUUCCCCAACCAAUCUCGUCAUAACUCGAUGGUCAACUUGAAGCGGUUUUUCAAGAAGUCGUCAACUUCUCCCAACACAACCACGGUGCUGAACUUGUCUUCUUCGUUACGCUCUACUCCUGGUAGUUUGAGUAACACGCCCAUCACUUCCUACAAUUUGACGGCAAACUCCACCAACUCGUCAUACGCAUCGCAGGGCCAAUCGAUGCCAACUUCUCCUAUAGCUGGCAACUAUUCUAAUGGCUUUUCUAACAGUUACUCCAACUCGCUCCAAAACAAAAUUAAUUAUCAGCAUGAUAGGAGAGGGUCAGUGACUAGCUUAGUCAACUUGCAUCCCCAACUUCCAUUCUCCAAGAGAUACAGUAAGUAUGGGGAAAACUUGGGUGCUGGAGCUGGUGGUUCGGUUCGUCUUGUAACUAGAAUUAGUGACAAGCAAUUAUUUGCCGUCAAGGAGUUCAGAAACAAGUACCAAAACGAGACCAAACGUGAUUAUGCAAAGAAGAUUACGGGAGAAUAUUGUAUUGGGUCAACUUUGAAGCAUCCUAAUAUUAUUGAAACCAUUGAAAUCUGUUACGAAAAUGAUCAUAUUUUACAAGUGAUGGAGUAUUGUGAUUACGAUUUAUUUGCAAUUGUCAUGUCUAACAAGAUGUCACGGGAAGAAAUCAACUGUUGCUUCAAGCAAAUAUUAUCAGGAGUCCAUUACUUGCAUACCAUGGGGUUAGCCCACCGGGAUUUGAAGUUAGAUAAUUGUGUCAUUGACAAGAGAGGAAUUGUCAAGAUCAUCGACUUUGGUUCCGCAGUGGUGUUUUCUUACCCAUUUACCAAGACGUUGAUUGAAGCUCAGGGAAUUGUUGGAUCAGAUCCUUAUUUGGCACCAGAGGUUUGUGUGUUUAACAAGUAUGAUCCUCGUCCUGUGGAUGUAUGGUCUACUGCCAUCAUAUACUGUUGUAUGAUGUUAAAGAAGUUUCCUUGGAAAGUGCCUAAAUUAUCCGAUAAUAGCUUCAAAUUGUUUGCCAGCAGAGGUGAGAUGAUACCAAUUAGUGAAACUUUGAAGCGUACUCCAGCAGACCUUGCUGCUCUUCCCCAUCAUACCACCAACGGUGAAGGAUUGGGAGAUUUAUCGGACAUUGCAGAAGCGGUGGAAACAGACCCCGAAACUCAAGGAAAAUCUCACACUUCUAACGAGGUAGGCGAAGGUAGAUUGCUUUUGGCAUUACCUGAAGACUGUCGUCCCUUAAUAGGACGGAUGGUCGAGUUAGCUCCUGCCUGUAGAAUCACUAUUGACGAAGUGUUGCAAGAUUCAUGGUUACAAGGGGUACAAAUGUGCACAGUUGAAGAGCGUGUACUCUCUGAUGGUACCAGCGUAUCUGAACGUGUAAGGUGUGAAGACCAUGACCAUACCCAAGUGGAUCAGUCGAAGGCCCAUAUAGCGGCAUUUGAAAAGAAUAAGAAAAAGUAG